AGUAAAAAGAUAAGAAAAGAAAUAAGGCCCUAUCACAGUGCAUUCUCAAUUUGAAAAAAACUCAAACAAUUGCUACAUUCAAUUUUUUAUUUAGCGUUAAAACUGAAAAUUGCAGCUUAAUCAUCAAUUAGGUUAACUUAUUUAUUGAAGAUAACCGCACUGUUCGCCACAGAACACAAAGUGCUGUCCGUAAUUUCGCAAUGGAAAACUGUAGGGAACUUUAGUUAUUGCGACAUCUUUUCCUUUCGUUUUUUUCCCGCUCCUGUUUGAACUUUACCCGUAAGAUUUUUUUAUUUAUUUUUCCCGUCUCAGCUAUUCCGUCAUUCAGUUCUGCUUAACUGAUAAAUUGGCUGCUUAUUGACGAACAUCUGUGGUCGAUUCGUUUUCGUUCGAAUAAAUGAGAUCAUUUUUAACUCUGGAAAGAGUCAAUAUUACAGAUUGUGAGAUGCACUCAACUUUUGACAACAAUGUCUGUUGAAACCCAGCUGUAAAUACGCAUGGUUUGAAUUAGUGCUUGAAUAAUAACCGUAGUGAUUUAUUUAACAUUAAACUCGGUUUGAACAUUAAGUUGUGCUAAUACAAUAUUGUACUUUAGGCGAUCAAAUGAUUUGUUGUUACGAUCACCGAACACUUUUAUGCUCGACUGCUUCCCCGGAUAUGUUAUAACACUCUCCCAUGGUGUGUGACCAUGAAAGAAAGGCCAUCUCGGCCUUCCAAGUGGUAUCCAUUCCCAAACCAAAUCUCUGUAUCCAACGAGUUCGUUCAUAGUGAUGUUCGAGUGUUGUUUCGACAAACUUCUCGACUCAGGAACGUGUCUUGAUAAACCAGCACAUACGUGGAAACAGAGUAAUCUACUUUUACUGAAUUAAAGCCUGUGCGACUAUAUAGAGGAUUGAACAAUGACGAAAAGAGCUAAUUGAUAAUUAGAACGUUUUCAUUACGAGUUACUUUAUUUUCCACUAUUAAAAUCGAAAUUAUCAGGAAGAGAGUUUGUUUUUCUCAUUAUCUUUAAACCGUCCAUUGGUCCAAGUAGCGUUUCUCACGUCCGUAUUUUGGCCUUGGAUACAUCGGCAUGUCCUGUAAACCGCACCGGCUUUAAUGAAAGGAGACGCCGUUGGUACGAUGCCAAGUCGUUAUUUGCUUUUGAGCAGGUAAGACAGACAUUUUUUUUAUUUUUUCACUUUUGUUCUGAUACUUUAUCUAGAAAAUGAUGGGUGGCAAUCGGGAUUGUACCGUAAAAACACUUUCAAAAUUACCUUGAACAAGAUGAGCAUGAAAAUCGAAAUCGUGUUUUGUGGCUUUGAAAUGUUCUCAUGGUUCAAAGCUCACUAAUGCUCAUAAGCUUAUCGUUCUAAGUUUUCAACCAGCUACUGUUGUUUGAUGAAACUGUGUAGAAUGAUUGGCGUUCCGAUUGUUCUCUCGAAGUUAUUCCGAUGGAUCUAUCGGGAACGAUCUAUCUUUAUCCUUCAUAUACCUGUCGUCUUCUGCAUCUUAAUAAGUCGAUCAGGUAAACACUCUAAACAGCAUCCCGUUUCAUUGAAGAAACUACCGAUGUCGGUCGAGUUACGGAAUACGGAUAUUUCUUCUUCCCCUUCCUUUAAAUGUCCUCGUGUACUAUACCCAUGUGAGUGGUGGGUGUAUUCACGAGGACACGGACACCCUUUCUCCUAUCCUGGUGGAUUCAACUAUUUUGCGGAUGGAGCAGUUGUGGAUGCCUAGUCGAAUUUCCCAGGCUUAAGGGAGACUCUCUUUCUCUCUCAGUGUACGUGCAUAGAAGAGAGCGACGCCGAGCAUAGCCGACGCCGAUUCUCACAGAAUGGUUCAGUGUCUCUCCGUCCUUCGUAUCCAAUGGAUGUGCAGUCUACUCCGCCCGUAGUGUCUAGUAUAACACGCACAAGAUUGCCACUUUGGUGUUUCCACUUUUGACUCUCGUCGACGACUAUCGUCUAAGCCCAUCUCUUCGCCGGUAUAUUUAUCGCUUAGUCGUCACGGCAGCAGCAGCCCUGCCGACAACAAACUUUUCUUUGGUUUGUUUUUUCUCCGUCUGUGUUGUACGACUGCGUUGCUGCUGGAAAUGGACGUUUAGUCGCAUCUAGCAUCCGUCAGCUGCCGGAGGAUCUUCUUUCUUUUGAUCAUUGGAUAUCGAUAUCGCCGAGGAAAAGCGCAUACUCCAUAACGAAAUGACAGCACAGUCACCUUGUUAAUAAAUUGAAAAAGAAGAAAGAUAAAAACAACUAUAUUGCCGGAGGCUUGUGAAUUUCAUUUCUUCGACGCCGUGACGCCUUUUUUUUCUUCUAAAAACCAAGUCGGGCGGACUGGAAUUUCCCAGAAUCAAGGGCGAAUCCUUGUGCAGAGUACACGUCCGAUUUCUCGCGAUUCAACACGACAACAAUAUCAAGGUUCUGGCGAUGCUGGACGAGGUGCUGGUGAACGAAUCGAUAUCGUGGGCGAUGAACAAAUCCAAUUGGUCGUCGCCGAUGUACGAAGAUGAUGACGAGGACGGCUACAUCGAGUACCGGGAUCGACCGGAAACGUACGUCGUUCCGAUCCUGUUCAGUCUCAUCUUUCUGGUCGGUGUCCUUGGCAACGGGUCCCUCAUCUACGUCCUGUGUCGUCACAAGUCAAUGCGCAGCGUCCCCAACACGUUCAUCUUCAAUUUGGCGCUGGGCGAUCUCCUGAUCCUCAUCUUCACGGUCCCCUUCACGUCCACCGUUUACACGCUGGACUCGUGGCCCUUUGGCGAGUUUGUCUGCAAAGCCUCUGAAUUUGCCAAGGACACGUCAGUUGGCGUUUCCGUCUUCACCCUGACGGCGCUCAGCUUCGAUCGGUACACGGCCAUCGUGCGACCCGUUCAGUCAUUUGUAAGUGGCCCAAGGUCCAAAGUGGUCACCGUCUGUCUUUUGGUCAUCUGGGUGACUUCUUUGAUACUGGCCACCCCGGCCGCCAUGUUUUCCCAUUUGAUGAAGGCCAACGGCUCCAAGAUUCCGGAUGAAGAAAGGGAAAUGGACGCCAACGGGACCUUCAUCGGGCCCAUGUUCAACGACAUUUACAUCUGCUACCCAUUUCCUCCCGAACUCGGACCCAAUUACCCCAAACUUGUCAUCCUACUCCGCUUUCUACUCCACUACUGCCUACCGUUACUCACCAUCGGAACUUUUUACGUAAUCAUGGCCUACCAUCUCCUGCGCAGCGUCCAGAAUAUCCCUGGGCAAGCGACGUUGACAACAACCGCAUCGGUGCGUCAUCGAUAUCCAGCGGAUGCUUCUUCCACCAACAAGACCAAUCCAGCUCUUUUGAUCCAGCAACAACAACAACAACAACAGCAGCAACCGAACCAGAAUCGAGCACGUCGCAAACUCGCUAAGAUGGUGCUGUCGUUUGUGGUCCUGUUUGCCGUCUGCUUCCUGCCGAUCCACGUCUUCUUCCUUUGGUUCUACUUCCAUCCGGCGGCUCUGCAGCAGUACGACGGUUUUUGGCACACCCUAAAGAUCGCCGGCUUCGUUUUGGCGUACAUCAAUUCCUGCAUCAACCCCAUCGCCCUCUAUUGCGUCAGCACCAGCUUUCGCAAGCAUUUCAACCGACUGCUCUGCUGCUGCAGCGCUGAUCGCGACGGAUCCAUCAUCAGUCGCUCUGGGCCGGUCAGCUACUGCGGCGGCUCAAUGUGCGCUGGCAAUAAUAGUCGCGGAGCUGGCACCGCCCUCAUGUCGGACGACCCCACCGUCAUCACUCACCGCUCAAACAGUCGGCGACAAAACACCAUCAGCACGUCCGUCAACCGUCGCAAUCACAACGAGAAUCACCGAAACGCAGACGAAAUCCCGCUCAAAGAAAUCCAUCAACAGCAGCAACCGCAGGCGCCGCUGGACAAACAAUCGAGUUGCUGAAAUUCAAUUUAGUCUAAUACUACAACAACGUGGAAACAAAAUCACAUUUAGAGCCUUUGAAUUUGUGGAUUUUUUUUUCCCGCUUUCACCACCCUCCCCCCCACUCCCGAUAAGCAAAUUUAACUGAUUAUAACAAAUUCAAGCUCACUCACUCGAUUUUGAAUGCCGCGCACAAACACACAACCACACACGCAAAGUUACACAUUUUUCUAUUUCUUCUGAUUUGGUUUGAACUCGGAACAGUAUAAUCCCAUUCUUGCAUUCAGGCCUGGUUAUACAGCAAGGUACGUUGUUGGUGUUGAAUUAAUCUGGUAGACACGGUAUAAUUUAGGUUGGUUGUUAUAAUAUUAUGUUGUUGUUGCUGCUGUAAAAUGUGCUGUCACCACCUCUCGUAACGCUUCGGAGCCAUUGACGUCUGUCGGAUGAAAGAACCACAGUGUUUGUCGAAUUUCGUGUUUAUUGUUUCGUCCUGGAAGGCGAAGUGUUUAUAUUUAUUUUAUUUUACUUUUUCUAUCUAGACUGUACUCAACUUUUCCCGGUUCUUCAGCUUUGUUGAUGUUGUUGUUGUAACAACCCCCCCCCCCCCCCCCCUUCCUUAAACGAAGACUAACAAAUAAACCAUAGAGCUCGCCUUUCCUGUUA